AGGAAGAUGUAUACGACUCAGAUUAGUGUUGUCUUGCUGUUGGCGAUAACCGCUUUUGCCGACGAUGCUCCUGUUGUGGAGACUACAGCUGGAUCCGUCCGUGGCUUCACCUCCACAUCAAGGUCCGGUCGGCAGUACUGGUCGUACAGGGGGAUACCGUUCGCCAAGCCUCCUCUUGGAAAACUGAGGUUCAGACCCCCGGAGGAACCAGAACCAUGGACAGGCAUCAGAAAUGCCACGGAACAUGGACCUUUUUGCAUCCAAUACAACAUGUUCCACUUGAAUCCGAAGGUUAUUGGGUCAGAAGAUUGUUUGUACCUCUCAGUCUUCACACAUGAUACAAAUGGUAGCAAUCCAGUGAUGGUUCAUAUCCAUGGUGGCGGUUUCAUCGCUGGUGACAAAUCAAAGACAAGUCCAAUUUAUCUUAUGGACCAAGAUAUUGUGAUUGUAGGCAUCAACUACAGACUGGGAAUAAUGGGUUUUUUAAGCUUUGAAAACAAUGAACAACCAGGAAAUCAAGGUAUGAAAGACCAAGUGAUGGCAUUACAGUGGGUACAGAAGAAUAUUGCUAACUUUGGAGGUGAUCCAAAAAGAGUGACUUUAGUUGGAGAAAGUGCUGGAGGAGCAAGUGUUGUACACCAUAUUAUAUCACCUCUUAGCAGAGGGUUGUUCCAUGGAGCUAUUGCAGAAAGUGGUACAAGCUACAACACAUGGACAGUUCUGCCACCAGGUUUAGCCCGGAACAGGGCAAAAAAUUUGACAAGCCUUGCCUCCUGUCCUGUAAAAACUACAAAAGAGAUCAUAGCAUGUCUGCAAGAAAAGAAUGCCAAUGAGCUAGUAGGGCUCAUGGAGAACUUCAGGGAGUGGCAAAUUGAUCCAUUGAUGUUGCUCUUUCAACCAGUGUUAGAACCUAAAGGUUCUGGAGCCUUCCUUACAGGGCCUAUUUCAAGUUGGAAACAUAAUCCUGUCCCACUUCUGACAGGAAUGACUUCUGGAGAGGGCUUGUUGAGAACCAGAUAUUUCUUGGAAUUCGAUAUGGAUUUCAAAUGGUAUAAUGACAAUUUUGAGAAGGUGGCUCCAAUAUCAUUUCAGUAUGUUGCAUCUGCUUCUAAUCCUGAGGAGGUAACAAAAAAAAUCAAACAAUACUAUUUUGGCAACAAACAAAUCACAGCUGAAGAUUGGCUGAAUAUAACUACUGCAUAUUCUGACAGUUGGUUCACUGCUGGUAUUAUGGAUGCUGCCAACAAACACUCAGGAGAUGUCUAUUUUUACUAUUUUGACUAUAUUGGUGAAUAUUCCUAUACACCAAAAAAUAAAAGUUUGGCAAUAGGAACAGGACACUCUGAAGAGGUUCUAUACAUUUGGUACAAGGACUUUGCACCUAACUUGAAGGGAAAAGAUCUAGAAUUAUCUAAAAAAUUGGUCAAAAUUUGGACUAAUUUUGUCAAAUACGGAAAACCUGUGUUACCUGAUAGUAAUUGGCCUACAUGGACUAAGAAAAAACAUUAUUAUUUGAACAUAGGUCAAAAUGGAUUUAAAAUAAAUGAAGGACUUUGUGAAAGCAGAUAUAAUUUCUGGAGUAGCCUCAAUUACAAUGAUAAAUAUCAAUGGAUUGAUUAAUAAAAUUUUAAUGUCACGUUAUAUGAUUCUUGUCAGCAAUUUUUAUUUUGACUUAAUCUCAGUGAUAUCUUGGUAAAUAUAAAACUGUUAAAUCCGCUUCUGAUAAAUAACACACCAAAUAUUGAUGAGAUUGUGUCAAAUUCAAAGUAUUUAUAAGUUGGUUAAUUAAUUAAAAUUUACAUAUUAGUUUAAAUUUAUUUAAUUUAUUCAUCAAAAUUGUUCAUUGAUUGAAGUGUUAUUAAUUUGAAAAAAUGUAUUAAUUUAAUAAAUACCUUUAUCAUUUUACUGUA